AUUGAAUUUUCGUUCUACGUAUUGAGCCAUGCAUACUCGUCUCUACCUUUUCUUCGCCGGAAUUGUGGCGGGCAACUCAGCUACAGCAGCUUCUUACUCUACUCCCAACUGCUCGGCACUUGCGCAGACCACGUCUUUAAGCGCAUACAAUACUUCUCUCCUGAACACGACGUAUUAUCCUACAGGCGCGCUGAAUGUAUCUGGAACACUCAACAAGGUCUCAUUAUGCGAGGUUUACGCUUCCGUCAGCUACGGCACGAAUGAUUCCCUUAUCUUCGCGCUCUGGUUACCCGACACGCAGUACUUGUCGCGAUUCAUCGCGAUAGGUAACGGCGGUGAAGCAGGGGUUAUCAAUUACGAUGAUAUGAUGGAAGAGCUCAAUAACAAUCUUGGCUUUGCAGUCGCGGGUGGGAAUGCAGGCCACUUGGCAUCAGACAACGACGCUGGGGUUGGGCCCGGUGCCGGUUCGCCUGGAGUCUAUCAGCCGUUCUUCUACGAUGAGGAUCAGGUGAAGGCCUGGCUCCAUAACGCCAUCAGCCUCCUUACACCCGCUGCGAAAGCGACAAUCAAGGAUUUUUACGGGAAUGAAGUGGAGCAUUCGUACUAUCGCGGAUGCUCCUCCGGCGGUGCGCAGGGGUUUUCGCUGGCCGAGUUCCAUCCAGAUCUAUUUGAUGGAAUCAUUGCCGGGUGUCCUGCCAACUGGUUCACUCAUCUGAUGUUGAGCUUUCUAUGGAACGCCCAACACACAAAUACAAACGAAACAUCUCUUCCAGCGACCGUUCUCGACUUCAUACAGUCGAGGGUUCUCGAGGCAUGCGAUGACCUAGACGGCGUGUCAGACAACCUGAUCGAAAACCCGCUCGCCUGUUCCUUCAACGUUUCAUCUCUGGCUUGUGUCAAGGAUGAUCUUGUCAAGAACUCCACAUGUCUUACAACUUCCCAGCUUUCUGCCGCAAAAGCAAUCUAUAAUGGGCCUAUACGCCUGGACUCUCCCAACACGUCUUUGUUUCCUGGGCUUUCACUAGGGUCCGAAGCCGGCUGGUUCCUACCACAGUGCUCAGCCGCCCUGUCCAAUGCUUUCAGCGUUCCUCUCUUACAGAACUUGGUUUACCAAAACUUGUCUUACGACCCAGUAACAUUCAAUUGGGGCUCCGAUGUGGAUUAUUUAGAUUCACGAGCGGGUCCGCUAAUCGAUGCAAUCAACACUAACUUAUCUUCUUUCCGCAACAACGGUGGCAAGAUGAUUGUGUCUGCCGGAUGGGCAGAUCCGAAUAUCGCUCCGAUGUGGUCUAUGCAACAUGUUGAAGCCGUCACGAAAAACACCAUCGGAGAUGGGAUAACGAUAGAGGAAAACGAUUUCUUGAAGCUUGUCAUGGUGCCUGGGGGUGGUCACUGCGGCUCGGGCAAUGCGAUGUAUCCCUAUGUACCGGCUCGAUAUGGCCUUUCAGCUGCACUGGUGGCGUGGGUAGAGACGGGCCAUGAGCCUCUCAGAGGCAUAAAGAGCUGGGGACCACCUAAUGGAGACGAUAGGACAAGGCGAUUGUGCACAUGGCCGCAAGUUGCACGAUGGGACGCGGAGGGAGAUGUUGAUGAUUGGGAGAGCUAUACUUGCAGAUAGCGAGUAAGUGUAGCUUUGAUACUCUGUCUAGCUUUGAGAUGUCUUCCAUGGAGUCUGAUAUGGUUAUGAGGAAGGAUAACACACGUGAUAUUAAUACCGGG